GUCGGCUGUCAGAUCCAGUCGCAUGCGUUUGCUUGUUGUGGCCGGUACUAUUUGUGGUAUUUUUUAAAUGGUGAAAAUAAAGUUACCGAUGUAAAUACUAAUGUAAAACGAAUUAAUUUAUUAUAAAAACAUACGAACUAUUAAACGAGUGUAGUGUGUUGUACUGAACUGUGAUAAAUACUGUAUAUUACGAGUUUGCCGUAUUUUCAAUUCUUGGAAAGUUGGACUGUCAUCGAGCAGAUUCGAAUGCCAGAAUAAGUCGAAAUGUGUGUGCGGGAUGUGUGGAGUGCCCUACUGGGGCUGCUGAUCGUGUCUGGUACAGCGUCUGCAGAGUCAGCCAGCUACUGUUCUGUGAAUACAUUUAACACAAACUCCACAUGGAUGCAGUUCACGAAAGAACCUGUGCCCACCGAAUACGGCUUCGAAGAUAAGUUCAAGAGUAUCCACUGCUGCGUAAAGGGUUACAGGAGUAUUGAGUGGUUUAAAGAUGGCGUCGCGUACCCGUGGUCUGCGGGUGUAUCCAACAUGAUCCUGUACCCCGAGGCUGCCAACCAGACACUGUACGCGCGGCGGGCGACCCGGGGCGACUCCGGCAACUACACCUGCAGACUGUCCAACGAGACCCACGUCGAGGCACACACCGUCACACUUACCAUCCUAGAAAAACCGACGGACGCACCGAGAACAAUGUUCAUUUCGAAAGACCAGUGGGUGGAGGAGGGGGCCGAGUUACGACUGUACUGCGAAGCUCUCAUCGGACGGUCCCUAUUAGCCGACGCCCGUAGCGACCUCCGGUGGCGAAAAGUGUUUCCCAAUGGUACUGAGGGUGACUUGCUGCCCACGCAGACUGAAAUCAAGACCACCCGCGAGGAUGUGCCUGACAUCAUCGGUUCCUACCUGACCGUGGACAGAGUGUCGGGACAGGACUACGGCCCCUACGUGUGUGUCGUACACAGCAACGAUGCCGUCUGCAAGAACCACGUCACCGUUCAUUAUAUACAUGACACGACAUGGUGCGGCAGUGGCAGUGUGCCGUGGCGGGCGCUGGCGCUGGGUGCGGCCGCGGGAGCCCUGGCGCUCCUGUCGGCGGCAGCCCUACACCGACGGUGCACGCCCAGGCUACUGCUGGCCGCCCGACAUGUGCGGGCCAGGGCGCAACCCACGGCCCGGAGAGCACGAGUGUUAGAGAAAGAGUUCGAUGUGCUGGUGUGUUGGACAGCGGUGGACGGAGAGCUGGUCCGAGGGGCCUUACUGCCGACCCUCUCGCUCAAAUACAAGUACAGGGUACACGCCGUGCCGCUAUCCACACAACCUGAUACCUGGUACAGUGAGCUGGUAGGCGAGGCGUCCCGGUGUCGCUCGCUAGUGGCCGUGCUGUCGCCCGCGCAACAUUCCCCGCAGCAACUGCUCACUGCACUGCGACAACUGCGCGCGCUGCCGCUGCCGCCUGUCGUGGUAUUACUACAGGACCUGCCGAAACUAAAACGCGAGGCGAAGGAAGGCGGCGAGAGCCUGGUGUCGACGCUGCGCGGCACGCGGCUGGUGGCGUGGCGCCACGUGCACGAGCGCGCCUUCUGGACCGCGCUGCGCCUCGCGCUGCCGCUGCCGCCCGCGCCCCCGCGAGAUACUAAACCAAAUCCAGCUGAGACGGAGGAGAACAAAUACUCUCGGUCGGGGAGCAUGACUGCAUUGGUGUGAGUGAGUGAGUGACUGAGUGCCGGACACUCCCGCGACCCCGCACUGACAAUUUAUUCGUAUGAAGACUGUGAGUAGUUAUAGUUAAUUGUAAUAUCCAAUAUCACAUUACGGUAAUUAGGAUCUAAGUACAUUUGAAACCUGUAUACAGUUUUCUAAGAUCUCAGUGUCUUUCCUUCGUCUGAUUACUAUAACAUCUUAUAAUUUUUCCAUAUCUCACGUGCCAAUGGAAAAGCUAUCAUGACAAUUUAUUUUAAGUUUGCGGUUGUAUUCCACUAUUUAUUUUAUUUAUCUUUCGUAUUUUGUUUGUAUUACUUCUUUCAAGUAUUAUUUCGGCGGCUGGAUGCUGCGGUAGGUUGUGUCGUCAGCUGCGCGACGGCUCUUAGUGUAGAACAAUAAAGUGUUAAUUUAUCUUCUUAUAUAAUUGUAGUAAUUUAUGUUGUUUGGAAACAGCGGAGUGUAGUGUUGCGAUGAUUCAGGGUUCUGUGAUAUCGACGAGAAGUGUGGCUAUUGUAAAGAGGCGGUAGUUUAUAAAAACCAUGUGAAACCAAAACAAUGUUUAGACUGUAGAACACGACGUAAGCUUGGUGUUUGUACACUGCUGGCUCUUUCUGAUCUUGUUUUUUACAUUUUUAUUGUAGUGUAAUGUUGUAAGUACUGCUGAUGUAAAUAUUAUUAUAGAACGAGAGUAUUUUUACAUAAUGUUUAGUUGUACGAGGAAGCUUAGCAGGUUACUGUUAAUGUAAACAUUAGUAUUAUAGUUUAAACGAUACAUUCCGUAAAUAUAUGAUUAUGUUUGUUCUAAGUUCCCUUAAACCGACGCUGAAGUUUCGAUGCGAAACUUGCUUCAAUAAGAAUCUAUUUUCUUAUCUGAAAAUGUUGUAUGUAAAUAAAACAAAUGCUAUUGAUACGUAAAAA